UCGGGUUGAUGACCUCAAAAUCUUAUUGGUUGAUUUUGAUAGGUGGAUGGAUAGAUAGAUAGAUAGAUUGUGUGUUUAGAAAAUGUAUUAGUUCAUAAUAUCACAUCAUGGUCUGACUUCCAUGUUUAUUGUUAUUAUUAUCAACAUCAUCAACACUAUUGCUAUAGAAAGCUUUGCUAAGAGUAACCCACACUGUUACUUUCCAACUGACCAAUGUGCUUUUGAAGUGAUCAUACACAGUUAGCUACAAUUCUGUGCACAAAUACGAAUAACAAUCACACUGUUACUACGCUUUGUAUUUAAAAAAUAAAAAAACUAUGCCACUAUUCAAGAUAAAAAUAGGUGAAAUUAUUUUUGGAAAAGUUAUUCACAAAAUGCUGGUUAGCUAAUGUCUGAUACUAACCAUUUGAAUCACAGCUUAAACUCUACUGCUGAUCAAACUGGACCUGGAUCCACAUUAACAACAACAACAGAACACUCAGAAGUUGAUAGAGAGACUAAAGCAUCAACCAGUAGUGGUCAACGCCCUCAUAUUUCUACGUGGGUGUAUAUUAAAUGGUUUAUAUGGUCAACUAUUACAAGCCUUUUUGGAUGUAGUAUUCCUGUAUUCACAUCACCGUAUGAUACAACUUGGCCAAUUACAUCAGUUCUAAUCGAUCCUAGUGAAAUUAGUACUACAAAUGAUUCAAAUCAAAAUGAAACUAAUAUCAACGGUGACACUGCUAAUGAUGUUGAACAGACUAACACCGAUCACGCCCAUGCAAUACAAUUAACUGAAGUGAACACUUCUCACGUAGCUAACACUUUUACAUCCUAUUCACCAUUAACAAUAAACUGUGAUAUUGAAUCAGGACUACAAAUAGCUGAAACACAAAACAAAAUUCCAUUUGUCACUGAAAAUUAUACCUUGGAAAGUAAUAAAACAGAUGUUGAUUGUCUUGAAAAAAUUGAAGGUGAAUCAUCUAUUUUGAAAAACGGAUAUUUUUAUAGUGCAAAGCAGGCUGUAAAUUACAAUCAUACCACUGCAACAAUCAAUACUGAUUCUACUAGUACUAAUACUGAUUCUCAAGUGAAUCAUUAUUCCGAUCUGUUUCUUUCAAAUUCAGAACAAUUGGACACUACAGAGACUUCUGGUCCUGUAACCUUUACACUAUUAACUUCAUACCAUUGUGAUUCAGUUAAUGGUCUAAUUGAUCAGGAAACUCAUGACAGUUUUGUUAAUGAAUUAAUAAACUCUGUAUUGCCACGUAAUCUAUCAGAUUCCAGUGAAAUAAGCGUACCUGUUGAUCUACGCAAAAUGUAUGCCUGGGGUAAGUCAGCACCUUGUCAGUCUGAAACAGUUGACAGUCAUAUGUCUAAAUGUAAUUCUGAAAUAACACCUUCUUCUUUACCAGAUGAUGCUAGUGCCUCUCCAGGGCAUUGUAGUGCCUCUGAUCAAUCCUUUCCACCACUUAGUCCAAGUACACUAGAAGAAGAUAGUUUACAAGCGGGAUAUUUUGAUGAUAAGACUAUGGAUAUUGAUAUAAAUCUACCGGAUGUUAGUAAAUCAGAUCAAACUCUAGCCUGGGCCAUGUCGAAUUUAUGCGUUGAUAAUACACCUUUAGAGGUAGAUACUGCUCCAAAUGAGAAGGUAUUGAGUGAAGAGAAAGGGAGGACUUCUGCUUCAUUAGAAACGCUGAGCAAUAAUAAUGGUAACAAUAAUAAUAAUAGUAAUAAAAAUAAAGAGAGAAAUCAGAAGCCCAGUAUAACUAGACACUCACCAGUGCCAAAUUCUCUGCAACGACCUAGUAGAGAACGUAGUCCUGCUCACCUUGUACACAGUAAUCGGAUGAAUAAUCCAAGUGAACUGUCAACUUUUCUCCCGUUUGAGGGUAAUCAACUUUUCAUGCCAAGUGAUACAGAUAAAACACCAGAAACUGUAAAACCAAAACGUAGCAGUUCACUAAAAUCGAGUAGAACUAUAACUGAUGUACCUGUACCCAAAGCAGUACGCUUUGCUGAUGCUUUAGGCCUGGAUCUAGCCACUGAACGACGUGUAUUCGACCCUGAAGCCCCACCGAAAAUACCAGCUUCGGCCACCUUCGAUCUACAGUUGGAUACAGAUGAAUGUAUUGCAAAAAUUGGUGCAAAACAAUUCGGUUUGUGUUUCGCUCAACCGGGAACAGCCUCGAAUUUCAUUCGUCGAGUGUUAACAAGUAAUGUUUGCCUAGAGGAUUGUCAUAUUGAUAUGCAACGGUGUUUACUCACUGGUACAAUUAGAGUGAAAAGCUUUGGUUAUGAAAAAAGAGUAACAGUCCGCAUUACUUAUAAUAAUUGGAUCACAUUUUUCGAUACUACUGCAUCAUAUGUUCAAGGUUCAUAUGAUGGUGUAACGGAUAGAUUUUCAUUUAGCCUAAUUUUUCCUGAUACAAUGGUUCCAGGCGAUAAGGCACAGUUUGCUAUUCGUUAUGAUACGCACACUGGUGAACAGUUUUGGGAUAAUAAUCAUGGUCAAAAUUAUUGUGUAACGUGUUAUGCAAAGGCUACAGAUUUAGCUGGAGAUGGUUCUUGGAUGCAUUAUUUGUAAUUUAUUGAUUCAGGCAAAGAUGGAGGCUUGUUAAAAUCUCACUGCGUUACAUUAUCUCAAUUCUAAUCACCUUAUGACACUUUACAUUCUUUCCACGUACACACAUACCUUCUUCAUAUAUGAACGCAUACAUAAAUUAAAUACACAAACACACCUCCAGUAACAUCUUUCACAGGCUCAGCUACAGUCUGCUUAUAAUUACCUAUGAAAUUUAAGUUGGCUUUGCUAAAUAACCUUUCUUUUAUUGUUAUUACCAUUUUAAACUGCCUUCCAUUAAAAUAAUAAUAAUACUACUCCUUUUCAUAUUAUAGUAGUAAGCACUCACCUAUUAGUCUUUCAUUGGAAUGCUCCCAUUGUUAUUUUUCAUUUCUAAAGUAUAAACCUCUGCAAAUGGUUACCCUAAGAAAUCCUUUGCUUUGUGUUCUUCUGUUCUUCAAAUUUGCCGACCAUUUAUUCAUUCUAUUUAUUAAUUUACACACAUAUGAGUGAUCCUUUUUUCACCGCAUAGAAGAACUCAGUAAUGGGGAAGUGAGGACUGACUGACUGACUGACUGACCAUCUUUGAAACAUUUAAAAACAAGUUUUUCAAGUUUUCUUUACAUCCUGUUUAUUAAAACCAUUAUUAUUGUUAUUAUUAUUAUCAUUAUUGUUACUACUAUUAUUACCAUCAAAUUCUCUUUCUUGCUUCACUGUAAAUAGCAAAAUAUAGAUAGGACAAAAACAAACUUCUGAAAAUUC